AUGCCUCGCUUCGCAGAAGAGGUGCCCACCCCUCGCUAUGGGGGAGCUGGGGGUCCUGCGGGAGGGGGUCGGGGUGGCAGCCGACAGGGGGUCCCCCAAAGCAGCCAAAGGAUGUACAAGCAGACGAUGGCCCAGAGAGCCCGCACUAUGGCUCUGUACAACCCCAUCCCUGUCCGCCAGAGCUGCUUCACACUCAACAGAUCACUUUUUAUUUUCAGUGAAGAUAAUGUCAUCAGGAAAUACGCCAAAAGGAUCACCGAAUGGCCUCCAUUUGAAUACAUGAUUUUAGCCACUAUUAUUGCGAACUGCAUUGUAUUAGCUUUGGAACAACACCUACCAGAUGGAGACAAAACACCCAUGUCAGAGCGAUUGGACGACACGGAACCUUAUUUCAUUGGGAUAUUUUGCUUCGAAGCCGGCAUCAAAAUCAUUGCUCUGGGAUUCGCUUUUCACAAAGGUUCCUACCUCCGGAAUGGCUGGAACGUGAUGGAUUUUGUGGUGGUGUUGACGGGGAUUUUAGCCACGGUUGGCACAGACUUUGACCUGAGGACCUUGCGGGCUGUUCGGGUAUUACGACCUCUGAAACUGGUGUCAGGAAUUCCAAGUUUGCAGGUCGUGCUCAAGUCAAUCAUGAAGGCGAUGGUGCCGUUGCUUCAAAUUGGGCUUCUCCUGUUCUUUGCCAUUGUAAUGUUUGCCAUUAUUGGCCUGGAAUUCUACAUGGGAAAAUUUCAUAAAACCUGCUUCAGCUUGGAUACAGGAGAGACGGUGGCAGAGUUUCCUUGUGGGGAAGACUCGGCUCGGCAGUGCCCGGAUGGGUCUGAUUGUCGAGGAUACUGGACUGGACCCAACUAUGGGAUUACCAACUUUGACAACAUCCUGUUUGCUGUGCUGACCGUGUUCCAGUGUAUCACGAUGGAGGGCUGGGUGGACAUUCUGUACAAUGCAAACGAUGUCUUGGGGAACACGUGGAACUGGCUUUAUUUCAUCCCGCUGAUUAUCAUCGGGUCUUUCUUCAUGCUGAAUCUAGUGCUGGGUGUUUUGUCAGGUGAGUUUGCGAAAGAGCGCGAAAGAGUGGAAAACAGGCGUGCGUUCCUGAAGCUACGACGACAGCAACAGAUCGAGCAAGAGUUCAACAGAUACCUUCGCUGGAUACAUAUAGCAGAGGAGGUCAUGUUAGCCGAAGAGGAUAAGAAUGCGGAAGACAAAUCUGCUUUGGAUGUAGGGGAAACCCAACGAGACAAAGGAGCAGUGUGGAUCCGUGUCCUAAAGAGAGCCACAACCAAAAAGAGCAAAAACGACCUGAUCCAUGCAGAAGAGGGCGAUGAGCACUUCACAGACAUCUCCUCCGUGGGGUUUACCAGACCCAGCCUUAAAAGUGUUAAGAACGAGAGCUCUUCCUAUUUCCGGAGGAAGGAGAAGAGGUUCCGCUUCUUUACCCGGCGCAUGGUGAAGUCUCAGACCUUCUAUUGGGUUGUCCUGUGUGUGGUGGCCCUGAACACCCUCUGUGUGGCCAUUGUCCACUAUGACCAGCCGCCCUGGCUCACCGAGGCUUUGUAUUUCGCUGAGUUUGUUUUCUUGGGUCUGUUUCUGUCCGAGAUGUUUCUGAAGAUGUUCGGUCUAGGACCAAGGAAUUACUUCCAUUCCUCAUUCAACUGCUUUGAUUUUGGGGUGAUUGUGGGCAGUAUUUUUGAAGUGAUUUGGGCUGCGGUCAAACCUGGCACUUCCUUUGGGAUAAGCGUUCUCCGAGCCCUUCGCCUGCUGAGGAUCUUCAAAGUAACCAAGUACUGGAACUCGCUGCGGAAUCUGGUGGUCUCGUUGCUAAACUCGAUGAAAUCAAUCAUCAGUUUGCUGUUCCUGCUUUUCCUCUUCAUUGUGGUCUUUGCUCUGCUUGGGAUGCAACUCUUUGGAGGACAGUUUAAUUUUGAAGAUGGGACUCCUCCGACAAAUUUCGAUACUUUCCCAGCCGCGAUCCUCACUGUAUUCCAGGUCCUGACGGGUGAAGACUGGAAUGCAGUGAUGUAUUUCGGGAUAGAAUCCCAAGGAGGCGUGAAGAAAGGAAUGUUUUCAUCCGUUUAUUUCAUCAUCUUGACACUGUUUGGUAACUACACCCUACUGAACGUCUUCUUGGCAAUUGCAGUGGACAACCUGGCAAAUGCUCAGGAACUGACAAAGGACGAAGAAGAGAUGGAAGAGGCAAACAUUCAAAAAAAUACCAUCCAAAAGGCUAUCGAAGUGGCUGACGUCAGCCCCAUCUCGGCAGCUAACCUCUCCAUAGCAACCAAAGAUCUGCAGAAGUCAUUCAAGUCCAUGUCUGUUUGGGAACAAAGGACCUCUCAGAUCAGACGGCAGAACCUCAUGAACAGUCAGGAGGCGUUGUUUAAUGAACUCAAUGACGAGCAGCGCAGAGUCUACGCCUCGUCUCAUCAGAUCCGGCCCGAUAUGAAGACCCACCUGGACCGGCCUUUGGUGGUGGAACCCAGGAACAAUCUCCGGAACAGCAUGGAGAAGCUCCGUCCAAGCGAGGGGCAGGACUAUGAGCAGGAGAGACUGGUGCAGCCAGAGAGCUGCGAGGUUCCCAAACGCCAGCACCGUCACCGCGACAAGGCAGGGGAACAUGAGAAGGAAGACGGGGCUGUGGACAACGGGGACAAUGGACUCAGUGGCAAGGACGAGCCACGGAGGGUGCACAAGAGCAGGAGCAAAGAGAGUGAGCGAGAUCAGGAGGGCAGGAGCAAGGAGGGGAAGAGCGAACGGAGCAGGAGCCGAGAGGGAGGCAAGAGACAUCAUCACCACCACCCGCAGCAGCAGCAGCCGGGUCCGGCGGAGGAGGCCGGGGAGAAGGAAUGCAGGCGCCAUCGGUCUCACCGGCCUCACGCCAACGAGCAGCAGCCCAAGGAGGGCAACGGCACGGCCAACGGGGCCAAGGGCGAGCGGCGAGGGCGCGGAGGAGACGGGACCCGCUCGGGGAAUCGAGACGGGGAGGCGGCUGGCAGGACAGAGAGCUCGGAAGGGGCGGAGAAGCGACGCAGGCACCGGCAAAAGGCGCUGUCCACCUGCGAGGCGGAGGGGAAGAGGGAGAACGGGGAGAAGGAGGGGGAGCCUGUUCCGAGGGAACGCAAGAACCACAAGCCAAAAGAAAGCCAGGCCCCUGUUGAUCCAGUCAUGUUGGGUACCACUGCGUUGCCACCUACUGGUACUGUGAAGCACGUUCCCCAACAGCCAGAGGACGCUGAUAACCAGAAGAAUAUCAAACGAGUCCCUACAAAAGAGAUAGAUCACACCAUCACCGUCAAUAUCCCAGUCACCAUCACCGCUCCCCCUGGAGAGACCACAGUGCUUCCCGUCAACAAUGUAGAUCUGGAAAGUCAGACAAAAAAGGAGGAAAAGAAAGAGAUGGAGGAGGAAGACUUGACCAACAAAGGACCGAGACAGAUCCUGCCUUACAGCUCCAUGUUCGUCUUCAGCCCUACAAACCCUGUCCGCAGAGCUUGCCACUACAUAGUCAACCUGAGAUACUUCGAGAUGUGCAUCCUGUUGGUGAUAGCGAUGAGCAGCAUCGCACUGGCCGCUGAAGACCCUGUGCUGGCGGUGUCACCGAGGAACGAUGUCCUGAAGUAUCUGGAUUACGUUUUCACGGGAGUCUUUACGUUUGAGAUGGUGAUAAAGAUGAUUGAUUUAGGGCUAAUCCUUCAUCCCGGCUCCUACUUCCGAGAUCUUUGGAACAUCCUGGAUUUCAUUGUGGUCACUGGAGCCCUGGUCGCCUUCGCUUUCACGGCCGACAAGGGAAAGGACCUCAACACCAUUAAAUCUCUCCGAGUCCUUCGGGUCUUGCGCCCACUCAAAACCAUCAAGCGGUUGCCCAAGUUAAAGGCUGUCUUUGACUGCGUGGUGAACUCUCUGAAGAACGUUCUGAACAUCCUCAUUGUUUACAUGCUCUUCAUGUUCAUCUUCGCUGUCAUUGCUGUCCAGCUCUUCAAGGGCAAAUUCUUCUACUGCACCGAUGAGUCGAAGGAGUUUGAGAAGGACUGCAGGGGUCAGUUUCUGGUGUAUGAGAAAGAAGUUGAAGCUCAGCCCAGAGAGUGGAAGAAGUAUGAUUUUCACUACGACAAUGUGUUGUGGGCCUUACUGACUCUCUUUACGGUAUCCACUGGAGAGGGGUGGCCAACCGUCCUGAAGCACUCUGUGGACGCCACAGAGGAGAACCUCGGACCCAGCCCUGGCUACCGCAUGGAGAUGUCUAUAUUUUACGUGGUGUACUUUGUGGUCUUCCCCUUUUUCUUUGUGAACAUCUUUGUUGCGUUGAUCAUUAUCACCUUCCAGGAGCAGGGCGACAAAGUCAUGUCCGAGUGCAGCCUGGAGAAAAACGAGAGGGCCUGUAUUGAUUUCGCUAUAAGUGCCAAACCACUCACUCGUUACAUGCCUCAAAACAAGCAAACCUUUCAGUACAAGAUGUGGCGAUUUGUGGUCUCUUCUCCCUUCGAGUACUUUAUCAUGGCUAUGAUCGCAAUCAACACCGUGGUGCUGAUGAUGAAGUUUUAUAACGCUCCCGACCCGUAUGACAGGAUGUUGCAUUACCUCAACAUUCUCUUCACGUUUCUGUUCUCCAUGGAGUGUGUGCUGAAACUAAUUGCCUUUGGAGUUCUGAAUUACUUCCGGGAUGCAUGGAAUGUCUUCGACUUUGUGACUGUUCUGGGAAGUAUAACCGAUAUCUUAGUCACUGAGCUGGCGGAUAAUUUCAUCAAUCUCAGCUUCUUGCGACUGUUCAGGGCUGCACGCCUCAUCAAGCUGCUCCGUCAGGGCUACACCAUACGUAUUCUGCUGUGGACAUUCGUACAGUCUUUUAAGGCACUGCCGUAUGUCUGUCUCCUAAUUGCCAUGCUGUUUUUCAUCUAUGCCAUUAUUGGAAUGCAGGUGUUUGGGAACAUCGCACUGGAUGACAACAGAGCGAUUAAUCGACACAACAAUUUCCGAACCUUCUUGCAAGCUCUUAUGCUCUUAUUCAGGAGUGCCACUGGGGAAGCCUGGCAUGAGAUCAUGCUGGCCUGCCUGGGCCACAGCCCCUGUGAUCCGCGCUCCGGCACAGACAAGGCUGAAUGUGGAAACGAUUUUGCCUACUUCUACUUUGUCUCCUUCAUUUUCCUGUGCUCCUUUCUGAUGCUAAAUCUUUUUGUAGCUGUCAUUAUGGACAACUUUGAGUAUUUGACGCGAGACUCAUCCAUAUUGGGACCUCACCACCUGGAUGAGUUCAUACGGGUCUGGGCUGAGUACGAUCCUGGAGCCUGUGGCCGCAUUCAUUAUAAGGAUAUGUACAGUUUGUUGCGUGUAAUCUCACCGCCACUGGGCUUAGGGAAGAACUGCCCACAUAGGGUGGCCUAUAAGCGGCUGGUGAGAAUGAACAUGCCCAUUGCUGAGGACGGCUCGGUCCACUUCACGUCGACGCUGGUGGCGUUGAUCAGGACGGCUCUGGAUAUUAAAAUCGCCGGAGGAGGCGCAUUCCAGCAGCAGAGCGACGCAGAGCUCAGGAAAGAAUUAACCACAGUCUGGCCCAACCUGUCUCAAAAGAUGCUGGACAUGCUGGUGCCUCCCCACAAGCCUACUGAGCUCACGGUGGGGAAGGUUUAUGCCGCUCUGAUGAUUUUUGAUUACUACAAGCAGAACAAAAGCAAACGAAUACAGCAACAACAGCAGCAGCAGCAGGUUGGUGACCACAGGCGCAUGGUGGGAGCCUUGACACCAUCACAAGAGCAGCCGCCCUCCCUGGGCAAUGCCAAGCCCGUGUCUCGUCAGCCCAGCAGGACCUCGCUCAACAACGGGGGCAACGCUCUGAUACAGGGCAGUGGAAUAAAAGACUCCUCCACUUUGCCCCGUACCGAAGAGGCAUUGAGUCAGUCCAGAAUGCGAAUCCCUGAGUUGGUUCAACCAGAUGAAGGACCGAUUGAUCCAAGUCAUUCUCAGGCUGUGGAGAUGACGGAAUUGGGACACGACCUCAACCAGGAGGAUCAGCCAGGCCUGGAGAAUCAUGGCCGAGCAGCCUCCAUGCCCCGGCUCACCGCAGAGUGCCAGAAAUCAACGCGAUCGUCGGGGAAUUUCCUUGCACCUAUACCGGACACCAACCCCAUGAAGCGGUCAGUGUCCACGCUGACACCGCAGCGGGCUCAGACCCACAGCACCCACCUCCGCGACUACCCGCUCGAGCGAGUGGCACCAGAUCAGAUGCCUCACCAUCACCACCAUCACCACCGCUGCCAUCGGAGGAAGGACAAAAAGCAACGCUCCCUGGAGCGGUCGCCCAGCAGGCAUGGAGACGGAGAGACAGUGGCUUCUCCAAGAGAUCAUUCCUCGAGGGAGCGGGACCGAGAACGUGGCAGGUCGCAGGACAGGAAGCCCCCGUCCUCCACGGAGAAGCAGCGCUAUUAUUCCUGCGACCGCUAUGGGAGCCGGGACCCCCAGCAGACCAAGUCGACCGAUCACAGCCGGUCCACGUCUCCCAGUCAAGGCCCCGACCAUAGUCUCCACAGACAGGGCAGUGGUUCGGUUAAUGGCAGCCCUUUGCAGUCAGCCUCUGGCGUUAGCACCCCGUGUCGUGGUCGAAGGCAGCUUCCCCAGACACCUCAAACACCGCGACCCAACAUCACCUACAAAACUGCAAACUCUUCUCCCGUCCAAUUCACCAACCUCCAAGGGGUCUUACCUCCAACUCCCCCAGGGCGAAUGAGUCGGGGAAGGUCAGAGCACAACACUAUGAUGCGUAGCGAGUCCCAGACCCACCCUUAUGUCGGGAGCGAGCGCGGGCAAUGGACGGUGACUCGUAUCGGCUCUGACCCUUACUUAGGACACCACGAUGAUUACGAUAGCGUGGGGCACGCAUUGCCGGGAGAGACACUUACCUUCGAGGCAGCCGUGGCUACCAACACAGGAGGAACCCCCAGGACUUCUUCCUACGUCUCAUCCUUCACAUCUCAACCUCACCAAAGCCGCAGGGUCCCGAACGGUUUCCAUUACAACCUGGGAGUGAGCGCGGGUCCUGGGACAGGCACAAGGGAACGGAAAUACUACCACGAAACGACCCAAGAUGAAUGGUGCUAGCACGGCAGAUCUCGCGAGGAGGCUCUUGCAGAUUAUGCAUUUAAAUACCGAUGAGUUUUAUCAUCUGCAGGGUGUUCUGUGAGAGCUCGGAAGUGUAUAUUCAUUCAUAUGCAGCGUUAAAUGGGGGAUUUUAAAAGGAAAAGAAAAGACACUGAAAAUCGUGCACUUUUUUUUAAAA